AUGGACCUUACUUCUGCUCACAGCCCCCUCACUCAUGCAAAAUCAGUGCGGUGUUUUUCCAACAAUAAGCCCUGGGUUACUCCUGAGCUGAAGACCCUCCUAAAUGAAAAGAAGAGGGCUUUUCUCUCUGGGGACAAGGAGGAGCUACGCAGAGUACAGAUGGACCUGAAAUACAACAUCAUAAAGUGCAAAGACUGCUACAGGAAGAAGCUGGAGCAGCGCCUGGAACAGAACAACAUCCGUGAUGUGUGGAGAGGUCUGAAACAAAUCUCGGGCCACGCCCCCAGUCUCCACCCACACGGCCCCAUCUUCACACUUUUCCAGCUCAGGCGUCUCCUCCCAGCUCCAGCUGUUAUCACUUCAGCACCAAGCAGUCCACUCUGCCCUUCUUCCAACAGAAGCAAAGGGACCCCCCCCAACGAUUCACAGCACCAGGGGUCCGAGUCGCCUUCACCUGCUGAGGAGAGAGUUCUGGGGAUCCGCCUGCCCCACCCCUGGCUGAUCAUCCUCUCUGGUUCACCCCCACCGUUCAGACCCCCAGAGGUUCCAGAGCAUGUUAAGCCAAAGAACCAGUCUCAGUUCUUUUCUGGCAGACCUCACAGAAUAGUGGAGAGCGCGGUGCGAACGCGCGGUACGAAGCGCGGUAAAAACGCGGUGGGCGUGGUGGAAUUUCUCCAGCGGUGCUCCGUGAAGCGGGUCCUGAGUUCCACUGACGUCACUCGUGGCAAAGGUCUCCUGAAGCAGGAGAGCAAGGUUAGUCAAAGAGUGAAAAUCCUCCAGGAGCUUAUCAACAUGUCCAUCCUGAACACAUCCAAGGAGCAAAGCUUAGAAGCUGAGAAAGCUGCUGAAAACUGCAGCGCCGUCUGCGCGAGCUCAUCAAAAAAUAAAACCAGUCAGAGGUUCAUCUCCCACUGGUCACGCUGGUUCCUGCGGCAGAGCUCCUCUCCACGUUCCACGCUGGUCCCGCCGUCUUCGGCGCCCACGCCUCACUCCACGUUGAUCCCGCCGUCCUCGGCGUCCACGCUUCGCCUCAAGUCGCUCCGCCGUCCUUGGCAUCCUGCUCCACCUCAAGUUGGUUCCGCCGUCCUCGGCUCCCCCACGCUACGCUCCUCAGGUUCCACGGUCCGCCGCACUCCUGGGACAGCCACCAUGGAGGCAUCACUGCUGCUCUGUGUUUUCCUGUUCUUUCCCACCUGUUUUUCAAAUCCAGUGAGUCGGCCCACCAACUGGCUCAGACAAUGCCGUGCCUCCACCAACCUCUCCCUCAAAGCCCUGGAGGUGCUGCCAGGUGGAGGCUGGGACAACCUGCGUAACAUGGAUAUGGGGCGAGUCAUGAAUUUUGGCUACUUCCAAUGCCAGACCACUAAAGACGGGCUCUAUCUCAACCCAGAUGAGGUGUUUGUUGUUCCCUACAAGGAGACGGGCGUGGAGACCAACUCAGAGAUCAUCAGUUCCUGGCUGGAUCAGAAAGGCUCGACAGCUGCCUCCAUAAACGAUGAUGUUUCUGAUCUCCCUGUGCUGAACGCCAAGUUUUCUUCUGAGAUUAUAAGAAUGAAAACCCAUCAGGUCAAGGACUCCUCAACUACAGCCAGAGUGCAAUCUUACCCAGACUUUGCUUUGGAUUCCCGCUUUGCUCACCAAGUGAAAGAAAUCGCCGACGCUAUUGAAAACAACCAGACGAAGCGUGCCGACUACCUCUCAGAGAAGAUGGUGGUGGACUUCGGCACUCAUGUAAUCACAAGUGUUGAUGCUGGAGCUUCUUUGUCACAGGAAGACUAUCUUCGUUCCUCUUAUGUCUCCAACAGCAUCUCGGACAUCGUCUCGAUUAAAUCAACGGCCGGAUUGAACUUUUUUGACAAACUGAAGUUUGACAUAAGCAGCGACUACACCCAAAAGAGUUCGACUCUUCAAAACUACCAGUCCAACAUUAUGUACUCCAUCAUUCAAAGCCAUGGAGGCGCCCCCUUUUAUCCUGGUAUCUCUUUGCAGAAGUGGCAAGAGAGCACCAAAAACAACUUGGUUGCCAUCGACCGUUCAGGAGUCCCCCUCCACUAUUUGAUCAAUAGCAAUACCAUGCAAGAUCUGCCACAGCCUACCCUUAACAAGGUGGCUCUGACAGUUUAUCAGGCCAUAGAGCGUUACUACAAGAUUAACACCCGCCCUGGCUGUGUCGACGUCACAGCCAAGAACUACAGCUUCCAAGCCAAUGUUGAUGAUAAGUCUUGUGAGGGUCCUGCCACAAACCUCAGUUUUGGGGGCGUGUACCAAUCAUGCAUAAAACUGAGCUCAGAUGCAGAUCCACUGUGUGAAGAACUGGCCCAGAAAAACCCAAACACAGGGGACCUCCUGCCGCUCCCCUUACACCCCAUUGUUAUUGCGGUCAGAAAUUACCAAAGGACCUAUGUGAGUCAAGACUUUGAAUUGGCUACCAGAUUUUCUGUCCCAUUUGGAGGUCUGUUCAGUUGUGAAUCAGUCAACCCUCUUGCAAACAACCAACGCAGGUGCCCUCCCGGGUACAGCCAACACCUUGGGACAGUCAGCGAUGGUUGUGAAAUCCUUUACUGCGUCCAGUCAGGGUUGUUUACUGGUGGUGAACUACUACCAAUCCACCUGCCCCCCUUUACAAGAACCCCAUUGGUCAGCACUGUGAUGGUAAUGACUGAAGGAGACAAAAGCUGGGUCCGAGUUGGGGGGACAAAAGCAUGGAAACUGGCCAAACCACAGGAAAUCAAUAAAAUAAUGAAAGAGAUUCACCCAGAGCUGAAUGAGAUGUCCAGCGGACAAAAAGUAGGUGUAGCAUUUGGGGUGAUUUGUUUGGUGGUGCUGAUUGUUAUUAUGGUGGUGGCUCUGAGGAGGAAGAGGAGGGGGUCUAAUUUUAGAGCAGGAAGCUAUGAGGCAAUACCUGCUAGUCUGGAGACCGAAACGGAGCAGGAAGUCAUAUAA